GCGCCGCCGGCGAGGAGAGCCGCGGAGCCAAUGUCCGGCCGCCAAGUCUGCCUGAGCAGCCCCGACGUGAUCCUGCGACUUGCUGCUGCUGCACCUUUGCAAUGGCUCUUACCUUGUUUGAUACUGAUGAAUACAGGCCACCAGUUUGGAAAUCUUAUUUAUAUCAGUUGCAACAAGAAGCUCCCCAUCCUAGGAGAGUUACCUGCACAACUGAGGUAGAGAACAGGCCAAAAUACUAUGGACGAGAGUUUCAUGGGAUGAUAUCAAGAGAAGAAGCAGAUCAAUUAUUGAGUGUAGCAGAGGGAAGUUACCUUAUUCGUGAAAGCCAACGGCAACCUGGAACAUACACUUUGGCUUUAAGAUUUGGAAAUCAAACCAGAAACUUCAGACUCUACUACGAUGGAAAACACUUUGUCGGAGAGAAACGUUUUGAGUCUAUCCACGACCUAGUGACAGAUGGAUUGAUCACCCUUUAUAUUGAAACCAAGGCAGCGGAAUACAUUGCUAAGAUGACCAUAAAUCCAAUUUAUGAACACAUAGGAUAUACAACUUUAAACAGAGAGCCAACAAACAAGAAGCAUACAGUGGCUGUGAGAGAUACGCUUGAUGGCAAAGAGUCUACAGGAGACAACGACAUAGUAGAAAAAAGACUGACAUCGCUUGUUAGAAGAGCAACUCUGAAAGAAAAUGAACACAUUCCAAAAUAUGAAAAGGUUCACAGUUUCAAGGUUCACACGUUCAGGGGUCCACAUUGGUGUGAAUAUUGUGCCAACUUUAUGUGGGGCCUCAUUGCUCAGGGAGUGAAAUGUGCAGACUGUGGCUUAAAUGUUCAUAAGCAAUGUUCCAAGAUGGUCCCAAAUGACUGCAAGCCAGACCUGAAGCAUGUCAAAAAAGUGUACAGCUGUGAUCUCACUACCCUUGUAAAAGCGCACUUCACAAAGAGACCAAUGGUUGUAGACAUGUGCAUUAGAGAGAUUGAAUCUAGAGGUCUCAAUUCUGAAGGACUUUACAGAGUAUCUGGAUUCAGUGACCUAAUUGAAGAUGUCAAAAUGGCUUUUGAUCGAGACGGGGAAAAAGCAGACAUUUCUGUGAAUAUGUAUGAAGAUAUCAAUAUUAUCACAGGUGCACUUAAACUGUACUUCAGGGAUUUGCCAAUUCCACUGAUCACAUAUGAUGCCUACCCAAAGUUUAUAGAAUCUGCAAAAACCACAGAUCCCGAUGAACAGCUGGAAAUACUUCAUGAAGCACUGAAACUACUGCCUCCUGCGCACUGUGAAACCUUACGUUAUCUCAUGGCACAUUUAAAGAGGGUAACACUCCAUGAAAAAGAGAAUCUCAUGAAUGCAGAGAAUCUUGGCAUUGUUUUUGGACCAACGCUUAUGCGAGCGCCAGAGCUCGAUGCCAUGGCCGCCCUGAAUGAUAUCCGUUAUCAGAGACUUGUGGUGGAGAUGCUUAUAAAAAAUGAAGAUAUUUUAUUUUGAACUCUGUUUGUGGGUGUGUGCGUGUAUGUCUUAAAUGGACAGCAAGGAAAAUCCGGGGACGAUGAAGGAAUGUUUUGAAGUAAUUGAGCAAGCUCCCGUAGCUGAAUUCCUAUUGUGAGGUUUCAAUGUGAGAAAGAUGCUUAUUCUGUUGCUUCUGUGGCAUCAUUUAGACAAUGCUGGGAAAAGAUUAACAUAUACUGUACUUUCCAGUACUAGUAGGCCUGGGUUGUUUCAUCAUAGUACAGGAAAUCCAAGCUUACACGAUCUGCUUCUUGUUCACCUUCUUUUGUGAAGCUUCCACUACAAAGGGCACAAGAGGAACAGCACAGCAUCGGUGUUCUGGGGUAGUCUGUGAUUGUACUUUAGCAUGUUUCUCAGUGUAAAUCUGUUGUGGGUUUCUUUUUAUGUUCCGUAAUUGGUUUCUGAUAUUUCAUGGGGCUGGGGGCAAGCAGACGGCUGUGAACCAGAACCUCUAACUAUUCAUUGACAUCACCUGUCAUUCUUUUCCUACUUUGAAGGAUAAUUUCUUGCUAAGUUCCAUAACAUUUUUUUUUUAAUGACGGAAUUCAUUUUCUUGUACCAGAAACAUAUUCUGACUGCCAUUUUAAGUAAUGCCUUUUUGUAUGGUUCCAGUUAAAGAUGGCAACACGGAAUGAAUGAAGAUUGCUUCGUUAUUGUUUUAAAUUGUCUUUUUGUAUUUUUAUUGGGCAUGCAUAUUAAUUUAUUAAAGUUU